CGGAUAUCAGUCGAUCAGGCCUUGACGAUGAGGCGAUUGCAUUCUUUGGCUCAAAAAUGUCACUUCCUGGAGGGGGGUUGAGGGAAUUGGCCGAUCCCACUAUCGCUGCCUGUCGCUGCCUGUCGCUGCCUGUCGCCGCCGCGACUACAACCACACCAGCUGCUGUUGCCAUAUCCCAUGCCCUGACAGGCGAGAUUUCAUCAAACGAUGUCGGCGAGAACACCAACUCGAUUAUGGCCGGUGAGAACUCUCCAGUUGAUGAAGUAAUGGAUGCCAAGGAACAGAUUCUGGCAGAAGCAUUGAAGCGUCUCCAUGUUCUUCAACGUCUAUGCAUGUUAGAUACGACCAAUCUCAGCAAAUACUUUUACGAGUCCCAACGCGAGGAGCUCCACGCCGUCACCCCUACGUUGCGAGAUGUGCGUCUUUACUAGUGCGGGCCAAAGAGUCAGGGAGGCUUUGUUGGGUUGUAACAUUUUUUUUUUUUCUGUUUUUUGAAUGAGUGGUGUACUCCAGUAGACUAUACCAUAUUCCGUGCAACACAACUUUUUGUGUGUGCUUAGCAUGUACAUACAUGUAUUAAACCAACGAUAUAUUGCAAUGUAUUUAUAUUGUUAUUUCCC